CCAGCAUUUAUUAUGACCUUUAUUUCGAAUGCACCAUGUUAACCCAUGCGGUCUCUAUAUCGCUGUUUCAGCUGACUGCAACUUCCGACGGAGCGCAAUCAGCAUUUUCCGGGCGGAAACAAGUUCGUUCAUUCGCAUACUUCCCAGCAACAAGAGAACUCUAUCUCUCUACCAACCAGCAACGUACGUCCAUGGCGGUGCUCCCUACGAGCGCCAGGGACGACGAGCCCGAACAUAUCGGGCCCGUGAAGACCAUCGAGGACGAGAACCAAUUGUUCCACGAGCCGCAGGACGACAGUGACGACGAUGUCGACGUCAAGACCAAGCGCCUAUCGAAUGCGACGGCCGCCAGCAGCGACGGCGAGGCGCUGACAGGAGAGGACCGCGACCGUAUCCGCGAGGUGCGCGAGCGAAUACUGCAGGACGCCGCGAACCGCCCGGUAUCACCGGCCAAGAACCACUUCCGACGAGCCUCGACCGUGGCUGUACCGACGCAAGGCCUCGUACCCAGGAAAGACGCGCCCGCGCAGGACAACGACAGCAGCAGCGAGGCCGGUGAGACGCCCACGAGUCUGAGACUCACGCGGUCUAAGAGCUGGGCCGGCUGUCCACAACGCGACGCCGCGAUCGAGGCGAUUGAGAAUCGUCAAGUGCGCUUCCGCUUCUCCACGGCCGCAUCAGCCCGCGAGAUCGUGCGUGAAAUGCACUCGCACCGUCUUCGCGAGUUCCCCGAGCAGUGCGUCAUGACGGCGCAAAUGGAGAUGCAGAUCGGCUCGGUCUGGCGCAAGAUGACCGUCCAGGUGGACCGCGACGGCAUCAAUUGCCAGCGCGUGUCGCUGUUCCGCAAGAAAACCAAGGAGUUCCAGAUCUUCAAGGACGAUCUACUCGCUGCGUCGCUCACGCCCGGUAGCAAGACCAGCGUGGACGUGCACUUCAUGCUGCCAGGCCGAGGCAAGGAACACCGUCGACUCAUGCGUCGAUACCGUACCAUCACUCUGCGUUUCAGUGACGAAGCCACAGCCAAUAAGCUGGUGGCUUCCCUGCAAGCGCUUGUGAAAUGGCUGGCCCGUGUGCCGGAGAACGUGACGCGUCGUAUCAAGGUAGUGGUCAACCCACACUCGGGUCGACGUCGCGGACGUAAAGUUUGGGAGCACUGGAGACCGCUACUGGAGCUCGCCAACAUCCAGUGCGACGUGGAGGAGACGCAAUACAGCGGACAUGCGCGCGAUAUCGGCGCGGCGUUCGACCUGGACAUGAAAUACGAAGCCAUCGUGUUCGUCGGCGGCGACGGCACGGUCAACGAGUUCAUGAACGGUGUGUUCUCGCGCGAGGAGAGUGUGUGGCGCACACUGGUCGCUACGACCCCCGUUUCGCUCAUUUGUGCUGGCACAGACAACGCCUUUGGCAAAGGCGUGGGUACCCCCACGCACGCGUCGUCGGUGUACUGCAUCAUCAAACGCAAGAUCCGUCCGCUCGAUGUGAUGACGUGCCAAGCCAGUAACGAGGACGGCUCCACUCGUCUCGAGUUUGCCUGUACCGGUGUGAGUUACGGUAUUGGCUCGGACAUCGCCGUGGAGUCGGAGGCUACGCGAUGGCUUGGCGUGCACCGAUACUUCUACCUCAAGGUCAAGCGUGGCAUUUUCGCGCCACACAAACACGAGGCAAAGAUCAGCUACGUUCUGUCGGAUAAUGUGCCUGUGGACCCCAACACAGGUGAGCAGAUUCUGCGCACGUACUACGAGAUCAUGGACGACACUGCAGAGGACCAGCAUCACGUGGAACGCUGCAGUAUCUACGACGACUCGGACCCGGCUGCCAAGCAGUGGAAGGGUGACGCUGAGUCCAUUUUCCACCCUGCUAGUGAGGAGAAGUACGCAGGCAAAUGGCAGAGCUUUUCGUCGGAGCUGACCUCGGCUGGAGGCUCGAACGUGUACUUUGAGACGAAGUAUGCACACCCAUCGGACGGCAAUCUGGACCUGAUCUAUUCCCGCAAGGGCAACAUCAUGCAGACAGCCGAGAUCGCUGUGCGUUACCUGAGCAACACGUUCCUCAAGUCGGAGCUGGUGGGCUACCACAAGGUGAAGGCGAUGGUGAUUGAGCCGAUCGUGGAGGACGUACUCAAUGUGGACGGAGAGGUGUUUGCUGGCCCCGGCCCGUUCCGCAUCGAGGUGGUGCCGCAGCUGCUGUGCGUGCUGUCCGAGAAGUGAGUGACCAACAUUACCCAUAAUUGACGAUUUAUACCCAACGAUAAAAAAAAGAAAUGGUAGUGCCGUCGGUACCAUAGUGAUAGGAGGAAAGAGAAGAGCACGAUCGAAGGGCUCGAGGAUAAAGAGCUACCGAGUGUCGAAGGAAGCACUUGGAGCCGCAGGAGGGUAAACUAAAGUGAAUAUACGUAAGUCAGUGAUUGCAUCCAAUA